AUGGCAAUCGUUGACAAUCUAUUGGUGUGUUUUCUUACGGACAAGGGAUCUUCUGGUAAACAAACGGAGUCAAUCGGGGUAAAUAAGAAUUCCGUCACUCUUUCCGGAAUUUCCGGUAUAAUUUUGGAAAUGUUGUGUAUGUUCGGGAAUCUUCUUGCUUUUACUUUGAAAAGCAUCAAGGUCGAAGUUUCAGAGAUGAGUGAUGUGAUGUCACUUUGA